AUUUUUAUCGUGCGAAAUCAUCCACCACCAAUCGAAACCGGACAAUCCGCGACGGAAGCUUCCAGAGAUAUUGUAAAUCAGUCAUCUUCUUUCUCUCCCAAUUUCAGAAUAUAGCCUGAUAAAAUACCAAAAAUUUUCCCACCUUGUUUCUCAUGCCUGGCUGGUCCACGCGUCACAAUUGUAGACGCUACUGUGCGAUUUACUUACUAUUUAUGUAGUAUCGGGGUCCUCUUCUGUUGCUAGCACCUGGCAGUUGAUACUCUUGUUGCUCAAAAUCUUUAAGGAAAAAGAAAAAGAAGAAAAGAAUGGCAAGCAUCUCUCAAUUGAAUCAAUUUCCAUGCAAGACUCUUUCUACACCUCCCUGUAAUUCCAAAUUCACUUCAAGACCCUCUGUUUUCUCGAUCAAAACCACCACUUCCAUCUGUAGACCAACACUUUCAACCGGCACAAGACCCGUCUUCUCGAUUAGAGCCGUGGAUGCCGAAGACGAGUGGGGCCCCGAUUAUGAGGAUUCAGCCGUUGCCGUAGCUGAAGAGGAGUCGGAGGAGAAGCUUAAGCCUACUGAGGUGACAGAAAUUGAUAGCCUCAAGAAACAGCUGGUUGAUUCCUUUUAUGGGACCGAUCGUGGAUUAAAGGCCACUAGCGAAACCAGAGCUGAAAUUGUGGAGCUUAUUACCCAACUUGAAUCCAAGAACCCUACCGCUGCCCCCACUGAGGCCCUGACUCUUCUCAACGGCAAGUGGAUUCUUGCAUACACUUCUUUCUCUGGUUUAUUCCCAUUGUUGUCAAGGGGCACUCUGCCACUGGUGAAGGUGGAAGAAAUAUCGCAGACAAUUGAUUCAGAGAAUUUCACUGUCCAAAAUUCUGUCCAGUUUUCAGGGCCACUAGCUACUACUUCCAUUAGUACCAAUGCCAAAUUUGAAGUCCGAAGCCCCAAGAGAGUGCAGAUCAAGUUUGAUGAAGGCAUCAUUGGGACCCCCCAGCUGACAGAUUCCAUAGUAUUACCAGAAAAUGUGGAAUUCCUGGGACAAAAGAUUGAUCUCACGCCCUUUAAAGGCAUAAUAACCUCUGUUCAGGACACAGCAUCAUCUGUUGCAAAGACUAUUUCCAGCCAGCCACCAUUGAAAAUUCCCAUCUCAAACAACAAUGCUCAAUCAUGGUUACUGACCACAUACCUUGAUGAAGAUCUCAGAAUCUCAAGGGCUGAUGCUGGCAGCAUAUUUGUGCUCAUCAAGGAAGGCAGCCCUCUAUUGACAUCCUUAACAAACUAGAAUGAUCUCCUUUCCUUUGUUACUGUGAAAUAGUGCCCUUCUCCAAUAUUGUAUUGGAUUACAGAAUAAUACUUGAGUGUAAAAAUUAAGAGAUUCGAGUGUAAGUUGAUUAAUAGAGUUCUACAUACUUGAUA